AUGGCUCUUUGUUGCGAGGAGGCAGAGGAAUUGGUGGCAAGCUUCCUGGAGGAGAACCGAUUCAAAAACGUCUCCGACCGCGAACACGGGUGGACUCCGGCUUGUUUCGCUGCUUUGCGCGGGGAUUUGCCGCUGCUCAAGGCGAUACUCCAGCAGGGCGCGAAUGUCAACGAGCGCAUGAAGUCGAAGGAGCUUCAGUUUCAUGCAGAGCCGGGCAUGAGCUUGUUGCAUGUUGCAGCGCAGUUUGGGAACAACGAAGCACUCCAACUGCUGAUCCAGGAGAAGGCCGAGCUCAACAGCCAGGACCAGUUGGGAAUGUCUCCUCUGCAUCGGGCGACUCUCGGAGAUAAUGCCGUAGGUGUUCAACUUCUUCUCCAGGCGGGAUCGGACCCGGCCUGCCGCGAGAAGAUCGCCAAGUUCACGGCCAUGGGCCCAGCGGCCGCCUGGGGCUCCCUCCGAGGCAUCCAUGCGAUCAUGGAGCACAGCCCGUUGCAGGAGUUCCGGUGGUGCCUGCACGUGGCAGUCCUCGGCGAAGGAUCAUCUGUAGAAAUGGUGACGACUCUGAUUGCAGCGGGAGCGGCCUUGGAUGAAACGCUGGACCUGAGUCUGCCGAAUCUUCCCAUGAGCCCGAAACGAUGGAA